CCCAUUGACCCGCGGGGCACCCGAGCCUGAAGGUUUACCUACCUGUCAAGGCCCCGGAGAAGGCGUAGCCUCUUCAACGACACCCAUUCUCCAUUAACCAAACCCUAGCCUUGCUUCCUUCCCUCCAAAUGACUACUCUAUUCGAAUCUCUUCGUUAAUUGUUGUUCGUCGGUAGCUCUCCUCGCAAUUUCGAUCCAAUGGCAAUUUCGAUGGAUCUGUUCUUGAUCUGCCUCGUUCUGAUCUCGCCGCCUAUUUUGAGGGCAAGGCCGGAUAAAGAGACAAUGGCGAGGUUUUAUGGGAAUCUCGCCAUGGACCCUGCUCGUAACAGUAGUGGAAAUGACGGAAGUAUCGCCGAUAUGUUCGAUCGCGUGCUAGAGAAGGAGUUCUCUGAAAACGACUCGCCUGAAGCUCCUGAUGCAAGUAGCUUCAACAACAGUGUCACAGAUCAUCAAGCUGUUUUGGAAACGGUGGCUGUUAUUUCUCAUGAGAAGUCCAAGAAGAAUGAUACUCCAGUGACAAAUGCAACUAAAUCGUUUCAUAUGAAAGAUGUUUUCUCACUGGAAAACGAGGGUUCUGAUGAUAUGACAACCUUGAUUGAUCGAAAGGACAAUGUAUUUGUGAUGUCCAAUCGUAAAUCGAAGUAUCCAGUUCUUCAAGUAGAUUUGAGGUUAAUUUCUGAUUUGGUGGUUGUAAUUGUUUCUGCUACCAUUGGCGGUAUUUUCUUUUCCUUUUUAGGCCAACCGGUUAUUGUUGGUUACCUGCUUGCGGGAUCUCUUAUUGGACCUGGUGGUCUGAACUUCAUCAGCGAAAUGGUCCAGGUUGAGACUGUUGCUCAGUUUGGUGUGGUAUUUCUUCUUUUUGCUCUGGGACUUGAGUUUUCCUUGACAAAGUUAAGAAUUGUUGGACCUGUUGCCGUGCUUGGAGGACUACUCCAGAUCUUCAUUCUUAUGUUUUUGUGUGGUGUGGCUGCCUUGUUAUGUGGUGCAGAAUUAUCUGAGGGUGUUUUUGUUGGUUGCUUCUUAUCGAUGUCAUCUACCGCUGUGGUUUCAAAAUUUUUGGUGGAAAGAAAUAGCACCAAUCUUUUACAUGGUCAAGUUACAAUUGGGACGCUCAUUCUUCAGGAUUGCGCAGUGGGUUUACUAUUUGCUCUACUUCCAGUUUUGGGUGGCAGCAGUGGUGUUUUACGAGGAAUUAUGUCCAUGGGAAAGUUGUUGUUGGUCUUGUCGACGUUCAUAACUGCUGCAUCUAUAUUAUCUUGGUCCUUUGUUCCUCGCUUCUUGAAGCUUAUGGUCCACUUAUCAACUCAAACGAAUGAACUCUAUCAGUUAGCGGCAGUAGCUUUUUGCUUAAUGUUGGCAUGGAGCAGUGAUAAAUUAGGCCUAAGUCUCGAAUUGGGCUCUUUUGUUGCUGGAGUCAUGAUAUCCACAACUGAUUUUGCGCAACAUACCUUGGACCAGGUGGAGGCAAUCCGGAACUUAUUUGCAGCUCUCUUCCUGGCUAGCAUUGGAAUGCUAAUACAUGUGCACUUUUUGUGGAUCCAUGUUGAUAUAUUGCUUGCAUCAGUUAUCCUUGUAAUAGUAGUUAAGACUAUCGUGAUAACCACCGUGAUCAAAGCCUUCCGGUACAACAUCAGAACAUCAAUUCUUGCUGGUUUGUCAUUAGCGCAAAUAGGAGAAUUUGCUUUUGUGCUCUUGAGCCGUGCCUCGAAUCUGCAUCUCGUUGAGGGCAAAAUGUAUCUUUUACUUUUAGGAACUACUGCUCUUAGCUUGGUGACCACACCUCUAAUGUUCAGGCUUAUACCUGCUAUAAUGCAUCUGGGGAGUCUCAUGCGCUGGUUUCCAGCUGAAAGCAGCACUCCAGUUGAGGAGAAAGGUGCCAUGCUCGAUGUCCACAACAGGGUUCUGUGAUGUUACGCAAGCAAUCUACAUAUGCUGUAUAGUUUAAUGAAGACGUCACAGAAUAUCCUUGGUGCUUCUAAAAUUUUCACCUCGGAUAGGAGUCGUAACAAUGAGGCAGAUUCGAUCUGGCUCAAAGAUACUGUAUACUAGAAGUAGCUAGCAUGGGCUUGAAUUGUAAAUUGGGAAAUAGGGAUUUGCAUAGUAGAAAGAGGAGUUUAUUCUUCCCAUUCAUAUAUGAAUUGUAAGAUUAAGAGACGAGGAUCUACAUAGUCAAUAGAACAUCUACUAUGAACCAAAACUAGAUCAAGGAAGAAACUUUCAUGGGGUUUUCUUCUUCGUGUUAUUUUCUUUUUGAUAGAGGCCUAUAACAGUACUCUCUUGGGAAAUAUUCGGUGGGUCCUUACUAUUUCCAGAACUUUAUUUCC